UUCAAGUAUUCGGAGAUUUUCUUCUCUUGUUAAGCAUGGGUUUUCGUUUGCCUGGUAUUGUUCAAGCUAAGAAAGCUCUUCGACAUCUUCCAAGUACUGCUAACCAAGAAGCUCCAGGGGCCUUACAUGUUCCGAAGGGCUACUUUGCAGUUUAUGUUGGAGAAAACCAAAAGAAGCGUUUUGUGAUCCCAGUAUCAUACUUGAACCAGCCUUUGUUCUUGGAUUUGCUCAGUCAUGCCGAAGAAGAAUUCGGUUUUGAUCAUCCGAUGGGUGGUCUUACAAUACCAUGCAAUGAACAGAUCUUCAUUGAUAUCACUUGUCGCUUGAAUAGGUUGUAAAAACAUCACAUAGACAGAAUAGGAUAAAACAGUUUGUACAACAUUUUUUCAUCUUUUUGCUGCAUAGAAAUGCAGUUGGUUAAGUAUCAGAUUGAAAGAUCCUGGGCCUAAAAAAGUCGGGCUGGG